GAUGACGCAACAGCGGGGCGAGCGGCGCGAUCUCAUUGGGAAAUCAGCUCGGGGAGGGAAGAUUCCAAACAAACGCAGAGCCUGUGGGAGAGUCCAUUUGGGCAGAGGCGCGGGGGGAGCAACAAGGGACGGGGAUGAGCAGGGAUGCACCACUCUCAGGUCUUCAUAUGACAGCAAGUAAUAGCUCUUUUUCACAAUAUUAAAGUGGAAACUGGGAACAUGGCUUCAAACCCUCCUGGACAAGGGUUUCAGAACAAAAACAGAGUUGCGAUCUUGGCUGAACUCGACAAGGAGAAGAGAAAGCUGCUCAUGCAAAACCAGUCCUCCACAAACCACCCUGGAGCCAGAAUUCUGCAGCCACUCUACCAAACAUAUGAGCUCCCCAUCAUGAAGACUAUGGACCCCUGCAUCUCUCUCUCUCGAUCCUCCCUUAAUAAGGACUUCCGCGAUCACGCAGAGCAGCAGCACAUAGCUGCACAACAGAAGGCUGCUUUACAGCAUGCUCAUGCACAUUCGUCAGGAUACUUUAUAACCCAGGACUCUGCCUUUGGAAACCUUAUUCUUCCAGUGUUGCCACGACUUGAUGGAGAAUGACAGACUAUCCUUGAGUGGAAGGAAGGUGGUGUUCAUCUAAUAUUGCAGCUGCUACUUUCAAUGGUUUGAAAAUAAGAGGACUCAAAAUUGAAGAUUAAUCUAUUCAUUUUAAUGACUUUGGUUUUCAGGAGACAUUAAAUUACUGAAAUCCAA